UCGGUCAGAGUACCGAGUUUAGCACUUUGCAACAUGAUCCGCGCGCACCACGGAGAGGCCGGGCUCUGCGGUCCUGCUGCUCCCUGCCAUCACAUGGUGAGACUGGAUAGAACCAUCGGGGAAUGACAAAGAAAGAAGGUGGACCAUCUACAUCUACCAGCCGGCUAUAACCGCUCAGCAUCAGCAGCGACUGACAAAGCGAAAGGCAAACACAGAGAUGAGGGUGACGGGAAGUCCUGCUGGUGCCUAUUGCGGUCUGCGUCAAACCCCUCGCUCCUUCAGAAGAUAAUGCCCUCGGUGCCUCUUAAAUGGACUUUCUGGGCUUCGUAUUGACUUGCUGCAGUGGUCCAUGUCAGUAGCUCGGGGUAAACAUCCAGCAGGGACAGUGAUGGCCACUCCGUCUCCAGCCUCUCAGUCACUCUCAGUAUCUGCAUUGUAAGGAGAAACUCGUCCUGCGGGAGUGGGCUGUUGAAGCAAUAUGCACAGAUAAAAACGAUAUAUUUUCUUGUUGCAUAAGAACCAGAUAGAGCCAUAUUUGGAUUAACGGGUGCUGUUGUGGUUUGCCAACAUGAACUCUCAGUUUUACUCCGGUUCUCCGCCCGGGCCGGUCUGCAACGUCCCGUCCGGUUCGGGCGCGGUGACCAGCGCCCUGCGAAACGACCUGGGCUCCAACAUCCACGUGCUGAAAACCCUCAACCUGCGGUUCCGCUGCUUCCUCGCCAAAGUCCACGAACUGGAGAGGAGAAACAAACUGCUGGAGAGCCAGCUGCAUCAAGCUCUGCUGAAAACGCAGUACCGACACCUGUACGCCCGUGAAGUGGCCGUGCAGACAGACGGUCCCGAUUCGCGAUUGCCUGGAACCAUCUGGAGUUUCACCCACGUCCGGAGGCAAGGGGAGCGCUUUGAAACCCUGCGCGGGCCCGGGGUGUCGUGGUCGCAUCCGGACGGAGUCGGGGUCCAAAUAGACACCAUUACCCCGGAACUGAGGGCUCUGUAUAACGUGUUGGCCAAAGUCAAGCGGGAGAGGGACGAGUAUAGGAAAAAAUGGGAGGAGGAGCUGUCCAAGCGAGAGCAGCUGGAGUCCACCGUGGAAUCCAUGCAGCAGAGCGCCGAGGAGUCGACCGAGGUCCAGGAUGAGCUGAGCGAGAAGGUGGACAGACUGAAGGCUGAACUGGUUGUCUUCAAGAGUCUGAUGAGUGAUCAAAUGUCUGACCUGGACACCAAGAUCCAGGAGAAAGCCAGGCGGGUGGAUAUGGACAUCUGCCGGCGGAUCGACAUCACGGCCAAACUGUGCGAUGUGGCUCAGCAACGCAACUCAGAGGACAUGUCAAAGAUGUUCACCAUCGGUCCGGCUCGGUCUGUCCCAGAGAAGGGCGCCAUGGCCUGUUGCAGGAGAAAAGAGCGUAAAGUCGCGUCCGAUGAGGACAGUUCAGAGAUGGAUGUCGAGCCCAGCCCCUCAGAGGACGUCCCCGGUUCACUCAACAUCACGGACGAGAUGAAACGCAUGCUCAACCAGCUACAUUGCUCAGAUAACUCCUUUGUUGCCAGGCGCGAGACGUUUGAAAUUGACGACGACUGUGACAGUCUGACGUGGGAGGAAAAUGAGGAGAGUCUGUUGCUGUGGGAGGACUUUGCAAACUACAACUUACCGUGCGCCAUCACAGCCGCCUGCCCCACCGAUGGUAGUGGUGGAGCCACAGACCCAGACUCCCAGGAUGGAAGUCUUGGCAGCCUCAUUGAUGAAACAGAGACACUAUUUAAGACCAGAGAGCAGGAUUACCAGGAGACCAUCGGCCAGAUCGAGGAUGAAUUGGCCACAGCAAAGAGUGACAUGAACCGACAUCUGCACGAGUACAUGGAUAUGUGCAGCAUGAAAAGAGGCCUGGACGUGCAGAUGGAGACCUGUCGGCGGAUGAUCAAAGGCGGCAGGAACUCUCCCUCUGUCAGCUCUGCGGCCAGCAGCGACUCAGGGAACACAGACGAGAUCCAGGACGAGAUCCUGGACAAGGACGCAGAGGCUGAGGGCCCCGUUAGUUGAUGGCCGCACAGCCGUCCGUAGUCCCACCUGUUCCCAAACGCCCUUCGUCUUCACAGGGGUCAAAUGUGUAUAGAGCUCCCACCCUGCUAGAGAGCUGGAGCAACCUAAAUCUGGGCCUGUUUAAGUUCUGAUGGUCAUGCUCACUGUUGCAGGACCCUGAACUGGUGCUUUUAUACUAUUUCUUUUGUUAGA